AACUGACCUACCCAUUCUCUAUCUACUUUCUCUCUCUUAAAAACACUGACUUAAUCAUCGGAGAGUAUCUGAGGCCCCGCCUCUAGAUCCCUUCUACAUAAUCUCAACAAGAACGACCUCCAUCCCGCCUGGUACUUUCCAGGCUUAUACAGUAACCACACUGUUUGAACACCUCUAGCUAUAAUAGAGGAGCAUAUUUGUGCAAAAUAAUAGAAUGACACAUUUGUUAACUUGUAAUAGUAAAGGGUGUACAAUUAUUAACCAUUAUAAUAAUUUUGUUUAUAUAAUAAAGUGAUAUAUUUUAUUAGAGUUGUGGUAUAUUUUAUAAGACUUAUGGGUUGUUUUAAUAAACUUUGUGGUACUCCACCCCUUCCCAUCUAAUUGCACAAGACACGUGAAAUAUCCCUUCCUUCAAAUUUCCAUAAUACCAAACAUGUCUCUCCUUCUUUUCAUUAAUUAAUUAAAAAGUAUCAUAACAAAAUGUUCAUAUUGAUUGGACUAGUGUUAGCACCAUACUAAAAAAAGUUUUAACACUCUAUUGUAAAACCUAUAGGCGAUAACGACACUAUUUAAUUUUGUAAAUCUCAUGUAACAAUUUUUCUUAAACAAUUCUUAAUAGUAAAAAAUGGGGUUAAUUGCAUGGUUGGUCACUGAGAUUACAAAAAACGUUCAUGUUUGUUCACUCGAAAUAUUUAAAUCCAUUGGCGGUACUUCAGUUUACUGAAACCGUUCACAUUUAGUCACUCUCCAUUAGUCGUCGUCCAUCUCCGUUAAUGGAGUCCGUUAAGUGAUAACGUAAAGACAAAAUUGUCUAAUCAGCCCUAUUUAACCCAAAAAUAAUGUGACCCAACACGCCAUGUCACUAAGACCCACCAUAUCAUCUAAACCAACCCAACUAUCCAACCAGACCCGACCCUUAAACUAAACUACCACACAAAUUAAAUUCCUAAUUUCUCAAACAGAUCUCCAGUUCUCCACCUUUCCCCUUCUCGAUCGUGUUUGACCACCACCACCACCACUAUUCUCCUUCGGCCCACUGCCUCUUGAUCCGACUCCUUCAUCAGCCGGAAAAUUGCAGCUGGCUCCGCCAUCCCCACACCCACCAACCGCUCAAUCGCGUCCAGGAACAUCCUGUGCGGCCUCAGUCCCCACGCAAAACGCACCAGCCUGACAGUGUUCUUGUUGUCGGCGACGAAAUACGACGACAAUCAAAAUACUUUUUGAGUUGGGGAAACUUAUUGGGAAAGGCUACGUACGGAAUGAGAAACUCUUUUGAGUUUCAACCUCUCUCUUGCAAUGUAUAUAACAGCCUCACACUAUAUGUGGAAGUUGCUACGCCCAUCCAUUUUGCAAUAUCCUCACAGGGGUCUAAGUAUUUGGUUUCUAGUGUUGCUGUUUGUGGUUGCAGUAGUAGUUAAUUAGCUAGGAUGAUGAUGGGGUUGGAGAAGCUGGUGGUGAGGUUGAAGUUGAGGUUGAUGAAGGUAACGCACAACUACAGCCUACAGGAAGAAGGCUUAUACUUUUGCGGCCACCGACAAGUAGAAGUAUUAAUACGACAAGAUGGAGAAGAGCGAGAGCUGAAGAUAUGUUUUAGAAAUUAGGGAUCUAAUAUGGGCAGUUUAGUUUAAGGGUCGAAGGUUGGGUUGGUUUCGAUGAUAUGGCGGGUCGAGUCGCACCAUGCUGGGUUAAAUAGUGCUGAUUAGACAAUUCUGUCUGUCAACGUCAUCACUUAACGGACUCCAUUAACGGAGAUGGACGACGACUAACGGAGAGUGACCAAAUGUGAACGGUUUUCAGUAAACUGAAGUACCACCAUUGGAUUUAAAUAUUUCGAGUGACGAAACAUGAACAUUUUUUAUAAUCUCAGUGACCAACCAUGUAAUUAACCCGUAAAAGGGCAUUGCUAUUCGUCUCCCUAAUUAAAUCAAAUUUACUUUCAUGUCCUUAGUUCAUAUAUUUAUUUAUUAUUCAAACACUUAAAAUUCAUCGUCCGUCCCGUAUCUUGCCGGCGACGGGUUUUCAACCCGGCAUGUGUUGGUCGGCGUCUUCCUUCUGGCGGCGACACAGGUAGAUUAGAAGCAAAAAUGAAAACUUAAGAGGAUUCCCACCAAACAAACUAGUAACGAAAUCCUAUUCAAAGAACCUCGCAUAGGAAUCAAUGUUCCCAAUUUCAACAGAGAACAACUGAUACAUAAAACAGUGCCAUGAAAUAACCGGCUUGAAUUACAAUAGUGCCACCAAACAACAACGGGAUUGGGGUGGGCGCUAGAUUUGGGUGGGGGAGUGACAGUGUCUGGGUGGGGUAGGGAUUGGAGUGGCCAGCGGCGGAAUUGGGUGGGGAAGGAUAGAAGGAUUGUUCGGUUUAUGGUUUAGGAUAAAAUUGAGUUGAGAGAUAAAUAUGUCAACUUGUCUGUUUUAGGGCGAUAAAAUUUGAAUUAUCGGACGACGAAUAACAAUUUAGCAGAAUGAGACCAUUUAAUACACCAAUUCUUUUAAAUAUUUAUUCGUGAUUUAAAUCUCUGAACUAGACUUGUCAGCCAGUCUUCGACUUCGACAGCUGGCAAAUUAGACUGACGAGUCUCCCACUUUGAAUACGGCAAUUCCGGGCACCACCUUUUAUUUAUUUACUUUUCUUUUUGUAAAUAAAAGUUAAUUAAUUAAAUCAAUUUUCCUCUUUCGCACAACUUGUUCCUUGUCGUUUUCCGCCGAAACCCCACCCGGCAAAUAAGACACGUGACGGGAUAAGAAUUGGGUCCCGAGCAGGGGUAAUAUCGUAAACCCCUCUCCGCAUUCGAUGGGUAGUUUCGGAAUUCAAGAUUUUAAAUCCACGCGCUUCUUCCUACCGUCUUCUCCUACGUGGACCCACGUGGAAGCUUAAUCGCAGCCGUCCAUCUUCUCCGCCAAACCCUAGCUCCUACGCUUCCGCCUUCAUUUAAAAAAUCCGCGAAACCCAGUGAAACCAAUUUCCCCCUUUUCCCAAACCGAUUGAUUUAGAGAGAGAGAGAUAGAGACGCCAAAGACUUCGAGAGUUCUCUCAUCUUCGGUUUCCCGUUCUCCUUUUCCCCUUUUUGGCUGGAGGAUGGAGAGGUUUGGAUCGGCGCCGGCGUUUUCGCCGUCGGAGGAGGCGAUGUAUGUGAGCUGGGAGGAGGUGAGCGCGACGAGCGAUACAGGGAGGGCGGAGGUGCGAUAUUACCUCAGGCGGAAGGACGGAGGUACGGAUCUGGCUGUCGUUGGCAAAGAGAAGAGCUUGAGGCAUGUGUCUUACCGCUACGGCAAUCGGAUUCGGUCCCUAUUCGAUUCUAUGGGCCCGCUGUUGAAGCUCAGGACCCGGCACGAGGUCAUUGAUUGGCUCAACUCGAUAGUUUCAGAUUCAUCGCAUCAACAGUCAUCUGUGUUAGCUAAACCUCUUAGCAGCAGCUAUGCCCGUGCAUCUGAUUUUUUGAACAUCAAGGAUCCUCAAUCUCUGAAAAUCAGUCAUGUUACUAGAGCAUUUUCGUGGUUGGGCUCCCCUUGGAUGUGCAGGAGAAAAAGGAAGCACUUUCCAUCUUUCCAUAGAAACGGUGUAAAAAUUUCUGUUUAUGACUUUGUGUACGUUCUAGCUGAAGAAGGAAAAAGACUUGUUGCAUAUUUGGAAGAUAUGUAUGAAGAUUCAAAGGGCAGUAAGAUGGUUGUGGUACGAUGGUUUCACAAAAUUGACGAGGUUGGUAUUCCUCUGCCUCAGAAUUACAAUGACAGAGAGGUUUUCUUCUCUCUUUGUCUGCAAGAUUUAAGUGUUGAAUGCAUAGACGGUUUGGCUGUCAUCCUCAGUCCUCAGCACUUUCAGAAGUUCCGGAGUGUAGCAGCACAUACUAGGAUGGACCCUUUUGUGUGUGACCAUAUGUUUGAAGAUGAUGAAGUAAAGCCCUUUAAUGUCACUAGGGUGAAGGGCUACUGGAACCAAGAAAUAGUGACGCAUAUGUACCCUGUUUCUGGUUCAACAAAAGAUCAGGCAGCUUUGCAGCAGUUUGAUCAUGAUGUUGAGAUCAGGCCUAGAAAGAGGCAUUGUCGAUCCAGAGAUAAUGGUUUGCAUUCACUUGAUAAACUGGAAACAGUGAAGGAUAGUCACGACUUAUGCAGCAGUUUGCCUGACAGGAAAGUUGUAGACUCCUGUCCUCCUGUUUGGGGAGGAGAAACUGUUGCCUUGUUAUCCCAGGCAGAGGCCAAGGCCAAGGCAAACCCUGCUGAACAUCUGAAGGUUGGCCAUGAAGUUGAAGUGCUUUCACAGGAUAGUGGAAUUCGAGGAUGUUGGUUUAGGGCUAGAAUAAUUAAGAAGCACAAGGAUAAAGUGAAAGUGAGGUAUGCAGAUAUUCAAGAUGCAGCUGAUGAAGCUAAAAAGCUGGAGGAAUGGAUGCUGGCAUCUCGAGUUGCUAGUCCUGAUAAGUUGGGCAUCCGGAUAGCUGGAAGGAAAACUGUCCGUCCUGCCCCUGAGUUGGAUGAAGAGUGCUUGUUUGACGUCAAACUUGGAGCUGCUGUCGAUGUGUGGUGGCAUGAUGGCUGGUGGGAAGGAAUCGUUGUUGAAAUGGAAUCUGAGCAGAAAAUUCGUGUUCAUUUUCCAGGAGAGAACAAGGAAGAAGUGUUUGUUCGUUCGAACUUGAGACAGUCUCAAGAAUGGUUGGAGAAUGGUUGGAUAAAACUCAAGGCAAGGCCUGCGAAUGUGGAUUCUAUCCUAUCUCAGUCAUUAAGCAAGCCUAGGGUGAGCCAACCAGUUGCUAGUAAGAUGGCCCGACCUAUACUUUCUGAUCCGAAGCAUCAUUCCAUGAACGUUGAAACCAACAGCAGUAGCAGAUUAGGUUCUGAGCAGCAGCAUUCCAGAAAAGUUGAAACUGACUGUAGCAGGUUAGGAUUAGAUUCCAGAAGUGAUGAUGAUAGAAAUGAAGAAUCGAAGAAAGUGGUGUUGGAUUUGUCGAAAGAUGAUUUGCUGACCAAACUCAGAUGGAAAUCCUCAAGGAAGAGAAGACGCGGGUCCAGUGGUGGUGGAACACCUGCUUCUGACCUCAAGGUCAACCAGAAGAACAACAGCAGCAAAAUGAGUCUUCUAAACAUCCCCGGACAGAAUGCCAGACUUUUGAUUUCAAAUGCAUUGAGCAUUGACCAUGACAACUGCAAGUACAUGGGAGAUUCAAUGUUUGGAUCCUCUGCUGUACAGCCGUUAGCAAAUUUAGUGAUGUCCAGAUGAACGACUCAUGCCUUGUUCUUCCUGGGUUGUUGAAAUUAGGAGUAGCAACAUCUUUUAACUAGACGCUGGCUGUGUGCAUCUCACUUGAUGCAGGCAUAUGCAGUCUUUGGAACUUUCACUCAUCAGUAUUGCCUGGAGCAGAAGUAAAUGUUUGUUAGCUUGCAACUAAUCUUGUUGUUGUGCUAUUUGGUAUCCCGAUAGGCUUUCUGCGGGAGUUUGUUCUUCCUCUGAGGAAUACAGAACAUAAGUUUUUGGAUGGGUUUCUAGUAUCCAAUUCCUGUAACAUGUACAUCAGCAACAAUCUGCGGUUAAUGAAAACCUUGACAGCAUCCUUGUUCGUUAUGUUGCCUCAUUCUGUCCUUUAAUAUUUCUGUCAUCUGUUCUCUUUCCCAGUGUUUCCAGGAGCAAUGUUUCAUAAAUAAAAAGGUUUAAUGGGC